CAGCGGGUGCACACAAGGAACGCUAUGCUUGGCCGCACAGAAGGAAGGCUCUGCCGCUCUCAAGUUGUCGUUUCACAAUGGCGACCCCCCUUGCCCCGAUGACUGAAACGUUUCCCGGAGGCGCCCGGGUUGUUCGUUAUUGAACGAGGCCAUGUUUUCGUGUUGAGGUUGUCGUCACGAAACAUGCGGCGCCUACGCCGAAGAAACGCUAUCGUCAUUGUAGCGAGCGGCGUUGGCGUUCUCCAUCGCGCGCACGCAACAUCUUCGUUCUGGAGCCCGCGGAUGUUGCGCGCACAGUCCUGGCAUUCGUCGUACAGAAUGCACGACGAUGAUGUUGAUGUUGAUGUUGUUGAUGAUGUUCAUCAUGAUGACGAUGUUGGUGAUGAUUACGGUGUUGAUGUUGAUCUGGACGACGAUGUUGCUGAUGAUGAUGACGAUGUUGAUGACGACGAUGACGACGAUGACGAUGAUGAUGAUGAUGAUGAUGAUGACGAAGAUGAUGACGACGACGAUGAUGAUGAUGAUGAUGAUGAUGAUGAUGAUGAUGACGAAGAUGAUAACGACGAUGAUGACGAUGAUGAUGAUGAUGUUGAUGAUGACGAUGAUGACGAAGGCGGCGAUGGUGGUGAUUUUGAUGACGACGACGAUGCCGCUGAUGAUGAUGAUGAUGAUGAUGUUGAUGACGUUGACGAUGUUGAUGGUGAUGAUGAUGAUGAUGAUGAUGAGGAUGAUGAUGAUGAGGAUGAGGAUGAUGACAAUGAUGAUGAUGAUGAUGAUGAUGAUGAUGAUGAUGAUGACGAUGAUGAUGGUGGUGAUGAUGAUGGUGAUGAUGAUGGCGAUGAUGAUGAUGAUGAUGGCAAGCAAGAAUCAUGGGGCCGCUCGCGAGGAAAGAACGAGCGGGAAUCAAAGGGGCAUACAGAAAUCAUGUGGCCCAAUGUCAGCGACAUCCGUUCCCGCCUCAAGCGGGGCGGCGGCGGCGGUGAUCUGGGUUCUGGUCCAGCUACUCAGCUGCACUGUGGCGAGAGCCGGGGACAGUUCGACGACAGCGAGGACGAGGGGCCUGCAGCGCCGUUGAGGGACACGCGGCGGUCUGUGUUGUCUAUUCCAGUGGUCGACAUUGGCGAUCCGGUUGAACGGGAGAGUGCGGAACCUACAGGAAAGGUGGCAGCCUCUUCGGAGGUCGACUUGGAGGCGAGCGAGGGCCAGAGUGUGGAUGAGGUAACCACAGGCGGCCUGGGCACACAAGGCACUCCGCAAAAGAGGAGGGGGGAUCGCACAUACGAGUUCGUCGGUUCUACGAAGAAGCUGAAGAGCAAGGCCCCCAAGACUGCGGGAGAGAAACGCAAGGGGACCGAGCGGGAGCAAGGCCGGCAGGUUGCCAAACGGCCGGCUUUGAGACAGAAGCAGCCUGCGUUUGGAACGUCUUCUCCACCGACGGAAAGGCCUCCAAUCGACGUCGACGCCGGGUACUUCCUCGAGUACAAAGACGGCGUUCGGACAAAGAGGGAGUUCGAGGUUAGCCCUGCUCAGGUCGUCGACCUCGGAGAGUGGGAGGACCUAUACAACCAGCGAUCCCUGGAUCCCAUGCUCGUGGAAGGGAUCAAAGAAGCGAUGCGGUUGGCGUUCGAAAACAAAGCGCAGUCUUACGAUUUGCCUACCCUGAAGCUGGCACCGCUGGGGCUUGAUAAACCGACUUCGGGGACCAAGGCAGAACGUCUGAGGCCGAAGGAUUGGAGGGAUGAGCUGGCGGGGCAAUACUACUACUACGCGGUGUGUGAGCAGCACAACGCGGCUGCAGCGAGGUCGCUGCUCGGCAGCGAGGUGGCCAGGAAAUACAAUUUCGAGCGGUGGCCUGCACGAAUGCUUUACUUUUCGGACGGCGACUUCGAAGGGUACUUCCUUGUUAGUUCCCAAGACAACAAGAAGGACCUGAAGGCGCCCCCGAGACAGCUGAAGCUGUCAAUGAAAGACAUUAGGUGGCAGUGGAAGCGCGACGGGUGCCCGCGUGCUGUUAUGGGAAACCCCAGCGGAAAACAGGCUCAGAUGCUCGUCGUUUUCGUCUCGCGGCAGCAGAACCACCUUUAUUUCGUGAAGCUGCUGGAAGGGAAGUGGGUGAGGAGGAAUCAACAGAAGAAAAGCUUCCCCGUCGGGAAUAAUUUGUACACGGAAGACGACCGGAUGUACAUACUCUUCAAAGGCGACGAUUUGCGCGCUAACACGUCCGUCGUCNAAAGCUUCCCCGUCGGGAAUAAUUUGUACACGGAAGACGACCGGAUGUACAUACUCUUCAAAGGCGACGAUUUGCGCGCUAACACGUCCGUCGUCUACGAGGGGAAACUGCCACCUGCCGCCGCUGCUGCAGUGCGGCUGCCGCAGAAGGUUACGCAAACGGAUGUGUCCGACAUCCCGUUCAACCCUUGCGAUUGGUUGCAUGUCUCACCUGCGCGUCGGGGCAGUGUGUACGGGGACAUGGAACACAACCCCACGCAAUUCGUUAAUCUUCUCGAGUCCGUCACCAAGAAGGGGGAGGGUGUAGUCUUCCUCGGGAAGCCACACGCGCGAUCCGUGUGGGAACUGCUGAAGGCAGGACGACACGUCAUCACAAUGGAAGGGAACUCCGAGCUCUUGCAAUUUACAAUUGAUCUCGUCAAAAGCGAGACGUUCGGCAAUUACUCCUCCUUGAUCUCCACGGAAGACGAGGAGACCACCGGCAUCGAGUUCGACGCGACCGCGAACGAGGAGGGCAGCGACACCGAAAGCCUCGACCUGCAGCACGACCCGCAUCCCGGGCAGCACACAACAGGGUCGUCCUUCGCAGGUCCGUCAACAAGCCCGACAUCCCUCGUAUCACCGAUGGCGAAAGCGGCGCCUGGCACUACCCCGAUGAAGUUGCUGCAGAGAAUGCAAGCUCUGGCCUCCGGCCAUCGCUCACUGCGUCCCGGGUCUGACAUCCCGACCGAUCAUCUGUCUUGGAAGGAUGCCAACAUUCACUUCCUGCCUGAGCCUCAAAGUCGUUCCACGAAGGCGGAAUGGGGCCAUGACAUGAUUUGGCAUCCAGGAGUCAUCCAGCCGGCGAUCCAAAAGGGUGAGUGGAUCGUGGCCGUCGUUGUCCCGGACGAAGGAUGGAUGCCUCUCCCUCGCGGGUCGAAGUCUGACUUCCUCGACGUCUCUAGAAUUGCGGUCCUCCAGAAAGUGAGGGCCGAGAAUGACUCUUUCGCACCCGAAGACGUGUCCGUCAUUUUCACAGCCGGACGACUGUUCGCCGAACUUCAGGACAAGUGUUGGUUGGAGCUGACGGAGGACUACUACGACCUCAAUACGAGCCCCUCGAAGGGAAGGGUGGACUGGAAAAUCCCCCCUCCCAGUGGGACGCAUGUAAGUUCAGGGUCCUGGGGACCGGACGGUGGGGAGAACGAGGCCGACGAGGCUGGUGGCGGCAAAGGAGUCCCGCCUGGUUUGGAGGGCGGGUCUCAGGGCGAGACCACGACAGCGGAAGGCAGCGGCGGGGUGGCGGGGGAGGCCUUCGGGCAGCGGACAAAGAGGACGGACGCACAGAGCUUGUCAGGAGUGGGGGUGGCGAGUCGUGAUCCCAAAAUAGACGGCGGUGCGGUGAGGGACGGGACUGCGCCGCCUGCGGGGGAUCGCCAACCGCUUCGGUCGGAGCGAGAGGGUACGUGUGGGGGGCCCGGUGACAAGGAGACGGCGAAGUUCGCUGGGAUCCGAACUUCCUCAGGCAAGGGGGGGCAACCAGGGAUUGUCGUGUCGGCGGGAGGGGCUGCGUGCAGCGGGCGGGAAGGGCAUUCGUCGGAAUUCAACAGUGGUUCGGGCGAGGUGGUUGGAUUACAUGCACGGGAAGAAGGCAGGGUGAUGGACAAAGAGAAGGAAGGGGAGGAAGGAGACACAGGGGAGGAAUUGGAGGAAGGAGGGGAUGAAGGGGAGGAAGAAGAGGAUGAAGGGGAGGAAGGAGAGGAAGGGGAAGAAACGGAGUUGGCUGGGUUGCUAGGAGGGAAGGACGGGGAAAAAGGUGAACUCGAUACUGGAGACGACGAACGGACGUUCGGCAACGACGAUGACAGAUCUGGGGAGUCGUCUGACGGAUUCGGGCAGUUGUACGGAUAACAUCGCAAGGAAGACGACGACGACGAUGACAUGGCACUGGGUAUGGAGAUACAGGUGGUCACAAGCCUUUCGGCAGA